AUGAAUUAGAAUACGCUAUUAAUUCUGCUUACAGUAUCUUCUAUUUUUCAGGGUAAGUAAAUGUAUUAUAAUCAAAGGUGGUUUUGGGUGCCCUGCUGGGACUUGGGGAAUAAGUCCUUGUUUACCGUGUAUGAGUUAGUGUGCCACUUGUAGUAUAGCUACACAAUGUAAUUCUUGCAAGCCUGGAUACUAUUAUGUAUCAUCUGGAUUUGGUCAAUGUCCAAGCUGUUCAUCUGUAUGUAAAACUUGCACUUCAUCCAGUACACAAUGUACAGGCUGUAACGAUGGAUAUUAUUUAUCUGGAACAAAUUGUCCAGCAUGCUAAAGCCCAUGCUCAUUAUGCAUAACCACUAAUAGUAAUUGUACUGGUUGUGUUGCUGGCUACUAUAUUUCAGGAUCAACCUGUGUAACAUGUUCAAAACCAUGUGCUUAAUGCACAACCUCCCCUUCAAAUUGUACAGUGUGCAUUGAUCCAUCUAAUUAAGCAAUUCCAAGUUGCGAUUGCACUUAACCUAAUAAAUACUUAGAUACAAUAACUUAUAUGUGUAACAACUGUGUUUCUCCUUGUCUUAAUUGUAGUUCAGCAACUAUAUGUGAUAGCUGUGUGAAUGGAUAUGUAUUAUCUGGUCAUACUUGUAUACCUUGUACUAAGCCUUGUGCAAACUGCAUUACUAAUUAAACUACUUGUUAGACUUGUGUUGAUUCAGUGAAUUAGAUACCUUCCACUUGUAAUUGUAACAGUGGUUUUAUCAUGAAUUUAUCAACCUUUAUGUGUGAUCAAUGUAAUCAUCCAUGUGCAACAUGUUAAAAUACAAUAAUUGAAUGUCAUAGUUGUGCUUCAACAUAUCAAUAUGAUUCAUCAGCUCAUACUUGUACUUGCUUAACAAAUCAAUAUGAAGACAAUGGAUCACCUAAAGCAUGUUAAAAUUGUUCAUCGCCAUGUUUAACAUGUUCAAGUAAUACAGAUUGUAAUUCUUGUAUAAUCGGAUUAAAUAGACAUUUAGUAGUAAAUAGUUGUAUUUGUGAUGAUGGUUAUUAUGAUAAUGUUGGAGUAUGCACUUUAUGUUCAUUACCUUGUACAAAAUGUACUUCACCUACUUUUUGUACAGAAUGUAAUGAUGUUUCACAUUAAGUUUUAAAUGAUUGCCAUUGUAUUGAUACAUAUUAUAUGGAUGCUUCAUCUGUUUGUUAAUAAUGUAUUAGUCCAUGUCUUAAUUGUUCAAGUAAUAGUGUUUGUACAUCUUGCAUCAAUAAUUAUUAUUUAGAUAGUCCUAAUUGUUUAUAAUGUUCAUUACCUUGUUAUAAUUGUGUAGAUAUAGAUACUAAAUGUACAUCUUGUGCUCAUUCUCAUUAAACAGUAUAAAGUGAUUUAUGUGUAUGUGAUGAUGGAUAUUAUAUGGAUGGUUCUUAUUAUUGUUAAUUAUGUACUCAUCCUUGUUCUAAAUGUACAAGUACAAGUACUUAUUGUACAGAUUGUGCUAGUACAUUUAUAUCAAGUGGAUCUAAUACUUGUGUUUGUGAUGAUGGAUAUUAUGAGGAAAUAUUAAAUUCACCUAGUGAUUGUUAACCUUGUACUUCACCAUGUGUUAAAUGUGAAAUAGAAUCUACUCAUUGUAUAACAUGCAUUGAUAUUAAUUAAACAGUUGAUCCAUCAACAUAUUAAUGUUUAUGUAAUAUAGGUUGGGUUGCAAAUGGAAAUUUAUGUGAUUAAUGUGUAUCACCUUGUACAUAAUGUUCAGGAACAACAACUUAUUGUACAGGUUGUAAGGAUGCACAUCAUGUAUUAAGUAGUGGAUAAUGCAUUUGUGAAUCAGGAUGGUUGAAUGAUAGUAAUUAUGAUUGUUAACCAUGUAUUUCACCUUGUAAUUCAUGUUCUAUUAAUACUAGUCAUUGUGAUUCAUGUGUAGAUAUUCAUCAUAUAAUUAAUGGUAGUUAUUAAUGCAUUUGUUAAGAUACAUAUUAUUCAGAUACAAUAUCACAUUGUGAAUAAUGUGUAUAACCUUGUGCUAAUUGUGAUUUAAAUGGAUGUCUUACUUGUAUUGAUACAAAUUAAUAUAUUGAUACUAAUUUAGAUUGUGUUUGUAAUAAUGGUUAUUAUAUGGAUACAGUUAAUUGUUUAUUAUGUUAAUUACCUUGUGUAAAUUGUACAUCAUCAUUAGAUUGUUUAACUUGUAUUGAUACUAAUUAAACUGUUGUAAAUCAUAGAUGUAUAUGUAAUCAUGGUUAUUAUGCAACUGGAAAUUAUUGUAAUUAAUGUUAACUACCCUGCACUAAAUGUAUUACUACAUAAGAUACUUGUACAGAAUGCUUAGAUCCUAAUCAUGUAAUUAUUAACAAUAAAUGUAUUUGUAAAUCUGGAUAUGGACAAUCUGGAUUAAAUUCUAAUUAUUGUUCUAUGUGUGAGUAUCCAUGUUUAGAAUGUUCAAUAAAUGUCAAUACUUGUACUAAAUGCAUUGAUUCAGGUUUGUUUAAAGUAGAAAGCAAUAAAUGCAUAUGUCAAGAAGGGUAUUUUAAAGAAGAUAAUUAAUGUAUAAGAUGUGCUCCAUAAUGCAAGGCUUGUGAAUAAUUUUAAGAUAAUUGUUUAAUUUGCAAAGAUGCUACUUUUAUUUAAUUUAAUAAUUAAUGUUUUUGUGAUUAUGGCUAUUUUAUAAAUUAAUCGUUUUAAUGUAAACCCUGUUAAGAACCUUGUACAACUUGUUAAUAUAAUAAUAAUUUCUGUACAUCUUGUAUAAAAGACUAAUAAUAUUUGAUAAAUCACACAUGUGUAUGUUAAGAUGGAUAUUAUAUGUAGAAUUAUGAAUGCUAAAAAUGUAAUUACACUUGCACUAAAUGCUUUAGCUUUAAUAUUUGUAAUGAAUGCAUAGAUGGAUAUUAUCUUUAUAAUGAUAUCUGUGAAUAGUGUGAUAAUUAAUGUUUAACAUGUAUUGAUCAUGAUGUAUGUUUAUCUUGUUCAGAUGGAUACUAUAUGGCUUAAAUGUAUAAAUGUACAUCUUGUAUAAGUAAUUGUAAAGAAUGUAAUAAUGCAUAUACUUGUAUUACAUGUUUUGAUGGGUAUUUUAUUAAUGAUGAAAUAUGUUUAAAAUGUGAUGAUAACUGUAAUACUUGUGUUGAUGAAUAUUAAAAGUGUCAAAGUUGUAAUAGUAAUUUUUUAUUAAUUGAUAAUAAAUGUAUUUGUCAAGAAGGUUAUUAUUAUUAGAAUUAUGAAUGUUUAAAAUGUUAAUAUCCAUGUAAAAAAUGUGAAAAUUAAUUUAAAUGUAAUGAAUGUAUAUCAUUAACUAAUAUUCUAUUAAAUGAUUAAAAUAUGUGUAUAUGUUAAGAUGGAUAUUUUUGGUUAGAAAAUUAAUGUAAAGAAUGUGAUGAAACUUGUUAAACUUGUUAUUUACAAAGUUAAAAUUGUUUAAGUUGUAAACCAGAAUCUAAUAGAGUUCUUAUAAAAAAUAAAUGUUAAUGUGAAUCUAAUUAUUUUUUAAAUGAACUUAAUUUAUGUUAAAAUUGUAAAUCUGAGGAAGGGAAAAUAAUUAAAUCAUGUAAAUAUAAAAAUUGUGCUGAUUCUUAAUGGACUUAUGGAGAAGAAUGUGAUGAUGGAAAUGAUACUAAUAAAGAUGGUUGUUCUAAUUGUAUUAUUGAUAAAAAUUAUUCAUGUAUUAAUACUUUACUUGAAUAAUCUAUUUGCUUUUAAUGUCCAUAAUAUUGUGAACUUUGUGAUAAAGAUAAUAUUAAUUAAUUGGUUUGUAAAAAAUGUUAAUCAGGCUAUUUUCUAGAUUCCAAUUCAUGCAAUAAAUGCAAUGAAAAAUGUAAAGAGUGUGUCAAUUCAUCAUCAAAUUGUUUAAUAUGUAGAUACCAUUAAGAUGAUUAGAUGCAAUGUAAAUUAUGUGAGUCUAUGGAUGGAUAUUAUACAGAUUAUAAAAACAAUUCAUGUUAAAGUAAGUGUGGUGAUGGUAUAAAGUCUUAGGAAGAAGAAUGUGA